UACUUCGUAUACGCCCUGACUUUUCAAAUAAUUUUAAUUUAUUUCUUCCUUUGGAUAAUGUCAAACAACAUUUAAGAACAAUAAGUAAUCGUGAAAUUUUUUUAACAUCAAUCGUUCUCCAAUUUUUUUCUCAAUAACUCCUUUUUUUUGUUAAUAAUUUAGUGAAUAACAAAAAUUGUCAAUCUUCGUGUUGAAAUAACAGGUAACUGAAAAACAAGUCCAAAAUGUCAAAAAAACCUGGAGCAACCCAAGCCCUCCAUAAAGUUAUUAUGGUAGGUAGCGGAGGAGUAGGAAAAUCUGCGCUCACAUUACAAUUUAUGUACGACGAGUUUGUUGAAGAUUAUGAACCAACAAAAGCGGACUCGUACAGGAGAAAAGUUGUUUUGGACGGAGAAGAAGUACAAAUAGAUAUUUUAGAUACAGCAGGUCAGGAGGACUAUGCAGCGAUUAGGGACAAUUAUUUUCGUAGCGGAGAGGGUUUCCUGUGUGUAUUUUCAAUAACGGAAGACGACAGUUUUCAAGCGACGCAAGAAUUCAGAGAACAAAUUCUAAGAGUAAAGAACGACGAAAACAUUCCCUUUUUAUUAGUGGGCAAUAAGAGUGAUCUUCAGGAGAAGAGAAAAGUUAGUCUCGCUGAAGCACAAGCAAGGUCACAACAAUGGGGUGUACCUUAUGUUGAAACAAGUGCUAAAACCAAGGAAAAUGUCGACAAGGUAUUUUUCGACCUGAUGCGUGAAAUAAGGUCACGCAAGAUCGAGGACAAAUCGGCGAGUAACGGUCGCGGCAAAGACCGCGCCAAGAGGAAGAAAAAGAAGUGCAUUAUUCUAUAGGUAUUUUUCGACUUAAUGCGUGCAAUAGCAGCGCGCAAGGCACAGGAAAAUCAGAGCGAUGGAGCCGAGCGCAAGAUUAAAACGAGCUGUUGCGUCCUUCUCUAACGAACAUAAUAAGAAGGAGAGAAGGAAGGACCGAGAGACAGGCUAUAGCUUUUAUAUAAACGAGAACAGACAAAAGAAAUGAUAAAAAGCGUAUGUUAAAGAAAAUAUCGAUAUAAUAUGAUAAAUGUAUAAUCUGUAUUUGUAACAAACAGGUUUUCUAACACUUUACAGUGAAUUGACACAUUUUUCCGUACCAAUUACCUUCAGAGAUAAAAUUCGAGGGACCGUCUACUUAAUAAUAUAUAUUAAAAAAAUCAUUCAAAAUACACGAUUGCGCGAGCUUUUUUUACUCUGCUAACUCGAAGCUCGUUUCCAGAAAAAAAAGUGAUUGGUUUCUCUGUUGCUCGGAGCGCUGGUGAAAACGUUAUUUUUUUUUAUUCUAUAUCGCUUGUUAUCAGCUUGUUAUCCAACGAGUUGGCCUCCGUUAAUUCGGUGCUACAUUAAAACAUUUUAAUUGAUGUCGAUUAUCUAUAGUUCCUAUAAUUGUGCGCCCACCGUUUUCGGUUUUGCACGGGGAAUAUGAAGAAAAUUAUAAAAGCAAAGAAAUGGUGAAAGAAAGAAUUCGCACAAUAAUUGUGACGGGACGACGGUUUCGAAAAGCCUGAAUAAAAUUUUUCCUUACUCACGCAUCAAAUUUAGUUCUCACGACACCACAUUCACGCUUCAGAAUUCAUUUUUAUUUAAGUCGCUUUAUCGUUCGAAAUAUUCUUUAUUUUUUACUCGUGACGAAAAAUGUAAUUUAAUUUCUAUAUUUAUCGGAAAAGAGGUGAUAAUAAAAUGUAUUUAAGAAAAAAAGAUGAAAAUAUUGAAAAGGAUUUUUGUGCCUUCACCAUUUUUCAGCUCACAAUCGAUCAAGAUUUUUCUUUUCCAUUAUAAAGUUGUCUCUGCACUGUAAAGAUAAGAAAAUCAAAGAAAAGACUCGGCAAACAAUAUCCUCGUUGACAUUUCAGCCCGACAAUUUAUGAACGACUCGGUUCUUUUUCAACAGCUUCGUUCGAAAUUUGACGCUAUUAUUUUUAAUCGCCAUGAUAAUAAAAUUUAUCAUGCUUUUUUUUUGUAGCUAACGUACGCAGAAGAGCAAAAGUUUUUCACAAUCGUUAAUACGCUGUUCUUCGAUAAGACUUAGCACCUCCGUGAGGUCGCAUAAAAAGAAAAGCUAAAUUAUAUAUUAAAUUCAAGCAUGAAUAUCGAUGUUUUAAGAAAUAAUAAGAAUAAUAAAAGAGGAGGGAGAGAACGUUUCGAAUAACGAAAGUUCAGUUAAUGUCGUCUCUUCGACCACUCAUCGGGCAAUUCUUUUUUUCAUUUUCUCGUUUUAUAUUUUUGUACCGUUGCAGCUGAUCGUGCCUUGUUCCAUACGUCACGUAUCGCCGAGAUGAAUUAUAUUUUUAGUUAGAUGUAAUCAUCCUUCUCAAAAAAGUCUAAUCAAUCAUUUUCUCGAAAAAUUACGACCAAUUUGUCAAAUUAAUUGGUUGUAUGAUACAAAAAAUGAAGAAAAAGUGACGUUCGUCAAGAAGAAAUUUCACGAGUUUUCAUUGCGUGGAAAGUAAUUUCCAACGAGUUCACAAGCAAACUAUGUCCAUUUUUCAGUCUAGAAUAAAUUCACGCCAUCGAUGAAUAGUUUUCUACCUGUACAUUGACAUUUCAUUCUUGACACCUUGUAUGAAAAUAAAGCAAUGAAAAAAAUACAAUUUUACAAAAUGAUGGAAAUAAGGGAAUACGAAAAUAAUUUAUUACAGUCUGUAAACAAUGACAUCGUGAUUCUAAAGUUAAGUAGCAACGAGAUUGAAGCUGCAGCUGACAUUCAUUUUUAUCUGAUCUAUAUUUCGUUACAUAAAAUUAAUUUAAUCUCGGAUUUACGCAUAAGUCAAUUUCACUUGAGUUUCGUUUAGUGUACAACUUUGGAAUCGUAUAUCUUAAUUUCAUACUGAAAUAAAACACAAACUGUCAUGAAAAAUUUCGACGCUAACGGUAAUUACAAUUUAAAAGAUAAAAAUAAUUCUAAUGGCAUUUAUUUGAGUGAUGAGUUGUUCGAAAGAUCGUUUAUAACCGAAAAUCGGAUAUAAGGAAAAAGUAUAUUUUUUAGGAGCUCGUUGAAAAAUUGUAAAAGAAAUAUUUAUUUAUCAAUAUCGCCUGAUUAUUAAUCAACCUUCGGGCAGUGAAUAAAUGAAUUUUCGAAGUAAA